CGAAACCCUGGUUUGUGUUCGUUCUUUCACCUGUGCCGCCUUCUCACAGUUUUGCUCACGAUCUAGAGCUUUUCUCCGAUCGAUCUUCCUCGCCGUCCUUUCAUAAGCUAUGGCUGGGAAAGCUGCAGAAACUAUGGCAAAGACAGUGACGGGGUUUCAACAUCCAUGGAGGGCAAAACUCGAUAAAUACAGGACCGAGCUGACCAAAGGAGUGUGGGGUUACUGGGAGAUGGGAGCAUGGAAACCAUUAGGGAUAAGCGCUCGAAGGAGAGCGAUGCUGAGGAAAGAAGUGUUGACUAAUGGAGAAGAUUGGCCUUACGAUCCAGAGAGGAAAGCGAUGAGGACAAAGAGGAAAGGUCAUAAAUGCGAUAGGAUCUCAGCUGAGAAAAGAGAGAACACUGCGAAACUUAUGUUGAAGAUGCCUCAGAUGUUGCUUGAUUACAAGAAGAGAAGGUGGGAUAAGAAGAUGAAGGAAGAAGAGAAAGCUAAAGAAGACAAGUAAUCAUAUUUUGAUUGAUGAGUAAGAUCGUUUACAAUUUAGUCUUGAGCUGAUGAAUAAUCAAAUCAUAACUCUUUGUUGUUUGGUCGUUAUGAAAAUCUCGGAUUUUGGUUUUCGAAUAGAGAUGGUUGAAUUGGAUAUGAGAGCUCAAGUUUGCAUUUGUAUGAAUGUUUUUAUUCUUGUUGUCUUGUAGGAACCUAAGCGUUGUUUUUACAUUUUGACUGUAAAAAAAUGGUUUAUGAAGUACUCAAUUACGGAUUGUUGUGA